AUCAGCGCCAUAUGUGUAUAGAAAUUUUUCCAAAUUGUCGUCGCCGUACCACGCUGCUGUUACAUUUGAAUGCCCAUACUGUUCAAUCUUACCAAUUCUAAAUGUAGAGUGGGAAUUCAACAAUGGUACAACUGUCAAAGUCAUUGAUACCUCAACAAAUGUCAAUAAAUAUACAGGAUCGACAAUAUCUUCAACCUCUUUGAUAAUAGCCAAUGUGGGUGAAUCGGAUAUGGGUUCUUACUCAUGCCAUGUUACCAACUUUAAAGGAGUUGGAAUGGGCUCAUCGAUCAGUUUCACCAUUUCUGAUUUUCCAAUAGUUAUUACACCACAGCUUCUAUAUAUUACUAAGUAUAGUGACUCAGUUGUUUUGAAUUGUUCGUUUCGUGGACUGCCAGAGGUGACGUCGAUCCAGUGGGAAAUGAACAAUAGCAGAGGAACCUUUCUAUACAAUGACGCAGUAUCGACACAUUACAGUGCAGCUACUGUAAUGACACCGGACCUGUAUAUUCACAGCGUUAACUUUCAAGAUGUAGGCAAUUUUACAUGUGAAGCAACAAACCCUGUGGGAACAACUGUGGGAGAUAUAAUAACGAUUGAUGUGAUAGGCGUUCAGGCAGAAAUUUCCAGUCCUACUUAUACAGUAGUUUAUGGCGAACAGGUGACGUUACAGUGUACUAUAUGGUCUAAGCCAGACCUGAAAAAUGUUUCAUGGGAAAGAGAAAUAAAUGGGACAGCUGUCUGUGUUGACUUGGGUAACAAUUCAAAAUAUAUUGGAUCAAACACAACUUGGCCAUCACUAUUGAUAUUAGAUGUAGAUUUUUCCGAUGCUGGAAAUUACUGUUGUCAAGGGGGAACCAUAGAUUCGUCUGGUAGGAGUUCGGAAACUUCUUUAGUCGUUAUAGGAGGAUUACCUAAUAUAAUGAUAAAUCAGACUGUUGUCCGGGUGAAUGCAUCCGAAAGUACUACGCUUUUCUGUGAAGCCAGUGGUGUACCGAAUGUGAUUUUUGUUGACUGGAAGAAAAAGCAAAAUGGCAGUUUUACCAGUAAUAUACUGGGCAGGGAUAUAAAUUCGCCAUCACUGACUUUUCCAUCAACAACACCAAAUGACAUUGGUGAAUAUAUUUGUACUGCAACAAAUUUGUUAGGAACAACUUCAAGUUCAUCUAUUUUCCUUGAUGUUAUAAAAAAUAAACCAAUGUGUCCAUGUUCCUGUGAGUUUAAAGCAAAAUUAGACUAUUGGGCAUCUCAAAAUGCAACAAACUAUACUAUGGCUGAACUACGUGUCAUACUAAAUCCUGUUUUAGAUGAAAUCAAACGUAAUCUUACAGUGGAUGUAUCAAAAUUGACUAAAACAAAAUCGAAGUACAUGAGUGCGAAAGAUAACCGGUCUUCUGCCUCUCAAGUUGGUGCCUUGGGUAUAGUUUUUAUGACAGUAGUUGUUGGUGGACUAAUAUUGAUUGACAUAUUGUCAAUCAGACGUCAUAUAGAGACUAUCAAAUCAGCUUCAAAACCUUUCAAAUUUUGAUAAACAAAAUACAGUUACUGUACGAUUUGCUCAAAAUCUGUAUUGGAAUUCAGUAUAUAUACUCUCAGUCAGGGUGUGCCAUCUUUGGAGUUACCUUUUAUAAUUUCAGAAUAUGGUAAAUAAAAAUACUAUGCAAACUGUUUAAAGAAAGUAUGAACCUAAAGACUCGACUGAGGCAUAGAAAUAUUGUAUUACAUAGGCUUUCACGUCAGAGUAAACCCCAUUCUGAUGAGGCGGCGUCCACGGCGCUCUACAGAAUAUAUAAAUACUCAGUCACGUCUGUCAAAAUAAGGACGUUAAAUCCAAAGCGUCGUGCAUGGAGAGUGACACGCUCUCUGUACGUCAAAGAGCACAUGCAACGCAUGGGCCGUAAGCGGCCUGUUGUGAGACAAAAUUUCUGCCACAAUUUUAUAUAUCCUUUUUCCUAAGUGGCAGUCUAAAUGUCACGUCUAUCAUCCCAGUCGAUCAAUUUUUCAGAACCUAUCUGUUUGAUUUAUCACUGAUUUGCUAGAUGCAAGAAAUUUUGUCGCUGGACGUUAAUCAGGAUGUAUGAUUUUAAGGCAACAAAGAAGCUUCUUAUCAAGCUACCUAAACGUAAAGGAAGUUAUUAAGUUUCCAAAUGAAUAUGAACCUCAUCGUUAAUUAAGUUUUACACCAACGUGAACAAUUUAUUAAUAACUAAAAACUACAUGCAUGCAAACAAACAAUGCAUUUGUAUUCAUCAUGACUGUCAUAUUUAUAGAAUAAUUUGUCUUUCAGACAUACAAUAGGACCUGGCAACCUUUGUCCGGCAUCAUAUAUAGUAUCUAAAUAAGAAUUCGAGAAUUAACAUAUAUCGAUGGUCUUAUACAUUUGGUAAUGUGUUACGGUUAGAAAAGAUUUCAAUCCGAUAUAACGUUUUAUCACUGGUAAUAGCUCAUCAAAGGACUUGUGCAUGAGUAACACGAGGUGAUACAGGGUAGCAGGAACUGCUGACCCUUGCAGAGAGCACAUGAUCUUGCAUGAGAUUUUUUAUGGCGUUCUUGUUGCUCAAUCUUAUGAUUUGCGUGUUGUUUAAUAUACUUUUGUUUGUAUUUACAUCAUUUCUUUUUACCAUGGUGUUGGCAUCCUUUCUUUGACUGUUGGUAAUUGGUUGCCUCUAUAGUAUCUUCUUACUCUUUUAAACUUCUGAACUGCGUUUCACAAAAAAUGACUUACGAUCAACUUUAGGCGUAACAGUUUUUGUGAAACGCAGUCCUGUUCUACAGAUUAGUGCACUUAAUGCCGUUUAGAAAAUUUGUAUUUCAACACUUUUUAGGUUCUUUGAAAAAUCAGAUAACCCUUAACUAUUAUAGACUACUUUGGAUUGAUUGAUUGUUGGUUGAUUAAGGUCAUGUGGGACUAAUUUGAAUAUGUUUGUACUGCAUGUGCAUACAUUCUUAAAAAUCCUAAAAUGUUCUUGCUGUGUAACUAGUGAACAAAUGUUAGUCUUAAACGGUCAUUUUAUCUUAACAUCAUAUGAAAUAAGAGUUCAGAUGUGUUAUGGUUGUAAAUUCAGUGCUGUUCAGUACAUACAGUAUUUACGUCAUUUUUUUAUCACGUUGUUUUUUGCCUUUAUAGUAACGUAUUACUACUUUAAAAUUACUGUUCUAUAGUAUAGUGAACUGACUGUUAUUUGUAAAAUGUAUUAUUUUGUCUUUUAAGACAUGUUCAGAUCAAAAUGAACGUUUCAGUUCAAAAUCGAUUUACUAUUGUGUGUGUGUAUCUUAUAAUAACUAUAUGUUUG